GCACCAGAGGCAGCUUAGAUAGAGCACUGGGCCUGAAAAUCAAGAAGAUCUGAGUUCAAAUCCUGCCUCUGAUACUUACUAGCUGUAUGACCCUGUAUAAGCCAUUGGAACUCUGCUUGCCUCAGUUUCCUCAAAUGUAAGAUGGGGAUGAUAACUACCUACCUCGAUGGGUUGUUGCUGUGAGGAUCAAAUGAAAUAAUAUUGGAGGCCAAUGUCCCGUGGCGACUGACAAUGAAGCUAUGGAAGGUGGCGGCCCUGGUGUUUGUGCUCUGCAGCUCCAUGCUCUCCGUCUGGGUGUUCAGAGACCUGGCCGGCAGUGACCGAAGACUCGGACCUGCUGCUCGAGCCGUGCUGCGUAGGCCUCCCCGGGCCUUGGACCCUCGCUGGCCCCUCAUCUCACAGUACCGAGCCCUGUUCGAGAGCUACACGGAGGGUGAGAUCCGGGAGCUCAUAUCAGCGCUUGUGGAGAGGUCCAGCCCAUCAGGACACUCUGGCGGGCACGCAUUGCCCUUUUCAGGCCAAGCAGGUGCUCGGCGGAAGCGGGCCCGGGUCCGCCACCAGCCUUGUGGCCUGCGGGAAUUGGAGGUCAGUGUCAGUGAACUUGGCCUGGGCUACGUGUCAGAUGAGACCAUCCUUUUCCGAUACUGCAGCGGCACAUGUGAGGCAGCCGCAAGGAUCUAUGACCUUGGGCUGCGCCGCUUACGGCAAAGGCGCCGCGUGCGCAAGGAGAAAAUACGGGCCCGGCCCUGCUGCAGGCCCCUGGCCUAUGAGGAGGAAGUGUCAUUCCUGGAUUCCCGCAAUCGCUACCACACGGUCAGCGAACUGUCAGCCAAGGAGUGUGGGUGUGUGUGAGAGCCCCUGGGGUCUGCAUCGUCUACCUCACCUGGGGGCUGUGUGGUGCCACCAGCCUGACACUCACACAUGGGAGGCCCCCACUGGGUAUGGGUCAAGCUGACCCCUCUUCCUAAUCCUCUGACCUCCCUCCCUCGCCACACCAUGCCACCAUGCUGAACCCUGGCCAUGGGUAACCUCCUCAGGAGACCUGACUGGACACCCGGAACCCCAUCCUCUGGACCCAGGGGCUCAAGAGGCCAACCAGGGCGAGGCAUGAGGGGCUCAAAGGGCCCUGAGACAGAGGACACAUGGGGUUGGCAUCCCAGGAACCAGAAGGCUUGUGCCGGGCCUGAUUGUAUAUACUUCAUCGAGUAACUAACUGACCUUGUACAGGAAAUUAUAUUCUAUAUAUGUGAAUCUUGCAAUA